CCACCAUAGUGCACGUUGUUGAUGACGAGUUAAACAGAGCACAAAAAAGUGAAGCCAGCACGCAGAUCUUUGAAAUAAAGAUUAAUUAUUUAUAAGAACACAAUAAUAAAAUAAUCGCAGAGUCAGAAUGUUCGUUAUUUACGCUGUUCUGACACUGGCUCUAGUGGAGGUGAACGGAUAUGGUGUACGGGAAAUGUCCAUGGUGGACGUCGGAUUCGCAGAGAUAAACCAGGAGUUGUCGGAGCCUAUAGAUUCGCUCUUUGAGAACUUCAAACACGCACAUGGCAAACAGUACGCUAACGCGUCCGAGGAGUCACAGCGACGUGCGAUAUUCGUAGAUAACGUUGAAUACAUCAAUGCCCACAACAACCUGUACCUGUCUGGAAAGACGUCAUAUUACAUGGGCGUCAACCAGUUCUCUGAUAUGACAUAUAACGAAUGGCGGUCGCUUUUCACAACACAGUCGAUUGAUGAUGUCACAACCAGAAAUGAUUCUAUCUUCUUGACGCCGGAUAAUUUUGAGGCCCCGUCGAGUGUUAACUGGGCACAAAGAGGAUAUGUAACACCAGUGAAAAACCAGCAAAGAUGUGGAUCAUGUUGGGCGUUCAGUGCGACUGGUGCCAUUGAAGGCCAACACUUCCGCAAAUAUCAUAGACUGGUUUCUCUGAGCGAGCAACAGCUGCUGGACUGUUCCGGUUACGGUUGUCGAGGAGGGUAUCCUACCAAGGCCAUGUUUUAUGUCAGGGAUGUAGGAGGAAUCGCGUCGGAACAAGCGUACCCUUAUAAGGCACGAUCGGAGCGAUGUCACUUCCGCAGAUCCAUGGCGGUUGCCCACGUGAAGGGGGUGAUGCAGGUCAGGCAGUCUGAGCGGGACCUGAUGAACGUUCUGGCCUCCCAAGGGCCCAUCUCCGUCUCCAUCGUUGUCAACAAGAACUUCAUGCAGUACAGGGGCGGUAUUUUCUACGACCCCUCGUGCAGCAGGGCAAGGGAUGGACACGCGGUGCUGGUCGUAGGAUACGGCUCGAGCCCCAGGGAAUACUGGCUCGUGAAAAACUCAUGGGGAACCCGCUGGGGCGAACAUGGGUACAUCCGUAUGGCCCGCAAUAAGGGAAACAUGUGCCGAAUCGCUAAUGCCGCCGUAUUUCCCACGAUGUAGACUCUAGAUAGAAGUGAAACUCCUCGGCCAUCCCCGGUGCGGCUGCGACGUCAGACUGCAGGAAUGAUUUACAGAAAAUAACCAAAAUAAAACCAUUGCCCUUUAAGCGUUUCUUUCUCAUGUCAAGUACAAUGCCACUGCUGUUGAAUAAAAUAACAGCUACUUAACUUAAUGUAUAAGUGAUAUUAAUUUUGAUGUUUUUUGUGUGUUUUAGUUUAAAUUUAAUUACAGUUAUGCAAUAGAUGAUAAAUGAAAAAAAUAUACCGCUGAGAAUUGAUAUUACUCAUAUUAUUGCUUUUAUACGUAUCAAUAUAAUAUUUGAAAAAAAAAGUUUUGUACAUGUUCUGUAUUUUGAUAGUACUGACAAUUUGUGUUUGUUGUUGUGUGUGUUUUUAUUUGUAUGUGUGUCCGUAUGUAUUUUGCCGCUUUAUUCCGUUUGUACCGCUAAUUAUUAAUCAACUGUUACGUAUUUGACGAGAUACAGAGACAAUUGCAGUACCAAUACCAGACAAUAGAAGGCAAUAUAUGCCAAAACUCGCUCAAUAUCGACCAAACUCGGCCAAUAUCAACAAAACUCGACUAAUAUGAGUUUCCUCCGUCUUGGUUGGCUACAAAACUCGCCUAAUAUAGGAUUUGAGAAAUGGGCCAUUUCAAUUGGCUGUCGAAACUCGCCUAAUAUGAGAAAUAUGCUGGAAUUUAUUUUUAAAGGUAGCCAUUUUGUUUUCCGUUUUCCCACUGUUUUGAUUUUUUUUUGCUUCGUAUAAACCUAUUUGGAAUACUUGAACCUAUUAAAUGAUUGAACCACUU